GAGGAGAUAUAGUUUGAGUAAAUCCACUGAGUUGACCCAUUUUAUGCCCGAGUGGAGUGAAAAAAAAAAAAAAAAAUCAAGAUAAGAUCCUUCGAACAAAGAUGAGUGGUCUGUGGCCCUUUGCUGUUCUGGUUCCAGUGAUUUUAGGCGUCGUCAUAUACCAGCUCGAUUCGUUCGACCCGGCCCCGUACCCCGCUCACGAGUUGACUCAGGGGAGCCCGGCGGUGGCCCCCAAGCGCAACGGCCGUUUGCUCCAUGAUUCCGAGAAGAUAGGAGUAGGCCGGCUGUCGGGGCCGGAGGACAUAGUGUACGACCCCAAGACGGGUGUGAUAUACACGGGGUGUAUGGAUGGGUGGGUCAAGCGAGUCACCGUGAACGAGUCGUCGGCUGCUGACUCGGCGGUGGAGGACUGGGUUAACACCGGUGGCAGGCCGCUCGGACUCGCUCAUGGACUUCACGGUGAAGUCAUCGUAGCCGAUGCUUAUAUAGGAUUACUGAAUGUUACCUCGGACGGCAAAGUGCAACUGCUGACGGACGAGGCGGACGGCGUUAAGUUCAAACUUACGGAUGCCGUUGACGUUGCAGAGGAUGGUUUGUUGUAUUUCACAGAUGCAUCAUGGAAAUACAGACUACAUGAUUUUAUUUGGGAUUUUUUUGAUGGAAGACCCUAUGGCAGACUUUUAAGCUAUGAUCCACAUACUAAACAGACCAAAGUGUUGGUCAACGACUUGUUCUUUGCUAAUGGUGUUGCUGUCUUUCCAGACCAGAGCUUUGUCAUUUUUUGUGAAACCCCAUUGAGGAGGUGUAAGAGGUUGUACCUCAAGGGUGAAAAGAAGGGAUCUGUGGAUGUUUUUAUAGAGAAUUUACCAGGAAUGCCAGACAACAUUCGUUACGAUGGAGACGGCCUAUUCUGGAUUGGAUUAGUUACCGAAUACACAUAUGGUUGGGAGCUUGCACAAAAGUACCCAUUCUUAAGGAAGAUUUUGGGAGUGAUGGAGAAGUAUGUAGGGAGGCCAAAGAUGGAGAAGAAUGGAGGGGUUUUCGUUGUGGAUUUGGAAGGAAAUCCAGUUGCUCACUACUACGAAAAUGAUUUUAUAAUGGUCUCGACGGGGAUCAAGAUUGGCGAUUAUAUGUACUGUGGUUUUGUUGUGAAUGGUUUCAUACUUAGGCUCAAUCUCACUCAAAACCCUGCAAUAUAAUUGCAAGUGGAUGAAAUGCCAAUGACUUCUGCAAAUUAAACCCCCAGUUUCCAUGUUUUCUGGCUUGUAGUGUUUCUUCUUAGUUUAAAUUUUAAAAGGAUCAAAUCCCUUAGCUUUGUAUUACACUCUUGGCUGGCUGAGUUAAUGUUGCCGGCCACAACUGCAACAGUUUGAUAUUCUUCUAUCAAAGUUGUAAGUAGUAUAAUUUAAGAGGAAUAAGAUCCCUUACAUUACACUUGUCUGAGUGUAAAUUA